AUCUGUGUACUUUCCAUUGAUUUUAUUUUGUGGAGGUUUGUGAGAAUUAGGGUUUUUUCUUACCGUGUUUGAAGGUUUGGAUUGUAGAGUGUGGGAUAUAUGUUGAUUCAUGGUGAUAAUUUGUACAGUUUUAUUUGGAUUUUUCUUGACGAGGAUUUUGAGAAGAUAAGGAUUUAUCGUGGUGUUAAAUUUCUUUAUGGAUUGGGCCACGUUGGGGCGUGUGUGACCCAUGUGAUUUAUGGGUGAUUGCCGCCCUUGUGUUUGGGUUUUUGAACGGAUUUUUGACGAUUAGGGUUUUCUCUUUUGGUGUUGAAAGUCUUGUUUUGCUGGUUAUGGUUUAGUGAAGAGCAGUUAUUGUUCAUGUCAAUAAUGGUUUGGUUGGAGUACAGGGUUUGGUUUGAGUACAAUGAUGCUUUCUAUGCCUCUUUCAUAUUUUAUAAAAAUUUCGCUAGGUUUAGGUUUCUUUUUUCCUUUUCAUAAUCCAUCCUGUAUGUAGAUGGUUUUGUUGGUACUUGGUAGUGAUUGUUUUCAGUUUGAAGAGCCUUUAACUUCUGCAAUUUUAAUUGAAAAUCUAUUCUUUUGUUUGAAAUUUUUGGGAACAAAUUGGGUUUUCCUGUUUCGAUAUUUCGCUGAUUUCUGUGAUAAUGCCAGCCUUGGUGGAGGAAUAGCCAAAUAUGGUCAUUUGCAAUGAAUUUUGUAAUUUUGAGCUCAAACCUUUGAAGUGUUUGUGAUGCGCAGGGCCUUUUCCUUUGAUUUAUCUAUUCUAUUGUUUGUGAAACUUGGAGUUUGGAGAGAUUUUGUAGUUCUUGAUGAAAAUCAUCAGGAUCUAUGGGGAUUCAUUUUUCUGAACCUGAUUUGACUGUUUGUUUUUCUAAGAAGUUCCUGUGUGUGAAGCCAUUUGCUCUAUAGAUAACACAAGAUUUUCUUUGAUUUUCAUGCUAAAGUCUCAAUUUUUGAUUGAUGCUUUGGUAAUAGUGCUUAUCAUUUUACUAAUGAUCAUGGGGAACUUGGAGGAGGUUUAUGAGAUUCAUUUUUUUGAACGUGAUUUUAUUGUUCGUCUUUGAAGCAUUUCCUAUUUCUCUAGAACAUAUAAGAUUUUCUUUGAUUUUCAGUCAAAAGUAUUUAUUGCAUUUUGAUGUUCUGGUAAUUUUGCUUAUCAUUUUAGGAUUUAAUGAUUUUGGUAAUAUGGCUGAAGUUUCUUAUCCUUGCCUGAACUUUACUUAUUUUUUAAACUUUUGGAAGAUUUGGUUGUUUUUAGUCUUACAUGAAGAUUUAGACGUUUAGGGGUUCUCCUCUUACUUGGGAAUUUGAAUAAAAUGAAUACUUUACCUUUCUCUUUCUGUGAUAUUAUUCGAAUUUCUCCAUCGCUAUAUUUGUUAUUUUAUAGGAAUAUCUGCUUAUUGUCCUUUCAGUUUUCAUUUUGUCUUCUUCUUUUCUGAAAUUCUGAAUUAAAUUAUGCAUCAAAAUAAAUAUCUAAAGCAAAAAUAUUUUUGGUUGGAAAUUAGAUAAACACUUUUAAAAUGAUUCACAUUGCAUGGAUAUUAACUGAGUGCCUGCGGGUAUGGAAUAAUAAUUUUAGGAUACUUAUGUGAUGUUUUUUGUUUUCGAGAAUAAAAACUUAUGUCAUGUUUUGCUUUGAAGUUUCAAUUAAUGAUAUUCUUUUGAUUAUUAUAUGUAUUUUUUUGUAGUUGACAUUUCUUGAAAGGAGGUCUUGUAACACCUGAUUAAACACAAAAGAAAAGAGAGGAGAAUUUAUUCAUCUAAAUUAAAUUCAAUGGUUUUCAGUUCACUUCUGUGAAUUUCUAUAUAUCUGUAUAUGUUCAAUCUUGUGAAAUAAGGGGUAGUUAUAAGCUGCUGAAGAACGUUUACUCUUUUUAGGGUUUCCUUUUCCAAUUCCUCUGAGGAUUUUCAUUGGGGACAAUGGCUGUGGCUUUUACUCAAAUUUCAUGGUUGUGGGGCGGGAAAGAGCACGAAGCCACAGUCUCUACAAAUUCAAACCCUUCAGCGCCAUUGGAUAUCGGAACAAGAGAGCCUGAUUCAGUGAAAUUCCCAUCUUUUAAAGGGACCAAGUUCCCUUCGAGAAAAAUCAGAAGAAAAUGGCAGAGCAGAGAUGAAAGGAGGAGAAUCGAUCGAGAAUACGAUAUUGUGUUGGUGCCAUCAGAUGGUGGGUGUAUGUCAGGUUCAGAUUCUGAUGAUUCUGAUUGGUCGAUUGGGUGGCUUGAGCCUCAUGCGCCUGGUUUUCAAAGUGAUGAUGAUUCUGAUAGCAGCUUUGCAGUGUUGGUCCCUUGCUAUGGCCGCCCUCGUAGUGAACCCGUGGAGAGUCCCCAGAAUCAGAUGUUGGGUGCCAUUUUGUCCAAUCUUUCGAGUGGGAAUCCUACUGAGAGCAAGAAAUACAUGGAAGAGUGGCUUUCAUCUCUCCAGGAGGAGCAUUGAGAAGUUAACUUCCUUAACUUUCUGCAUGAAGUCUUGCAUUAUUCUGAGGAACCAUCUGAUCUCCAUUGUACAUAACCUUAGUACGACGUAGCCUGAUGCAUAAGAAAAAAAAAAAGUAGGGCAUGCAAUUUCAAACCCUUAAUUCUUUGAUUGGGGAGGGAGGGGAGGGAGCCAAUUAGGCCUAAUUCUUUGUCUGAGAGUCCCCCCAGAAUUAGGGGUGGUAUAUGCGUACUCUUUGGUAAUGUGUGGUCCUGUUGAUUUGCAGAAUUCUUUAUGUAAAUAUGUACAGUCGGCUUUUCUCGCGCUUUGGGUUGUACCAUGAAUGUGUUUAUGGUUUGCUACUUUUUUUUGGGAAGCGUCAUCUCAUUCUUAGGUAUCUGCCAAAGCUUUCUUGAAAUUUGAUAAUGCAAGGAAUUGCUUACUAGGUUAUGCAUAAUAUGUAGCAAGCUGUUUCUUGAGGAUCUGCCAAAUAUAUUUGUUUUCUGA